CUAGCGUGGGUCUAAACCCUAGCACCUCUAACAAAGCUACAAGAAAAUUAACUAUAUUUUCUCUAAAAACCAUGAAAUUCGACUUCCGUGGAAGAUCUAGAUGCUCGGGUUCUUCAUGGUCCGCAUUAAUACUAUACUUGGGGGACAGUAUGUACAAUCGAAAAUUGAGCAUUUGAUUUUACCGGAGUUGUAUUUAUAAAAUUCAUUUCCCAGGAUGAAUUUUAUAGGAUUUCCUACGAUUUAUUGCAUGCUUCACGAUUUUAUUUGGUUUAUCUAACUAUUUUUUCCUGAAACUGUGUGGAUUUUCAUACAAUUUUGUAAGCAUAUCACGAAAGUUUGAGGUACAAAUCAAGCAUACUCGUAACAUACUUCAAAACAUUUUUGAAUACAUAAAAAACAUAGGAAACUCUACACAAAGGAAUUAUUCUCAAGUUAUAUGAAGGCACCCAAAAAUGUUCAGAAAUAAUCCAUGUCCAAAAUCAAAAAGAUUAUAUUUGAUAAGUCAUCCAGAUCAAUUUGUAAAUGUACAACCUCUAGAGUUUCAAAACUAGUACUAAUUUAGAUGACUGUGGAACAAUUCAAUGCAAUUUUCUAUGGAUCUAUGGAGCAAACUGCUUUACAAAACAAUCACUGAAGUCUUAUCCAUAAUAAUACAUUUUUUAUUCAGUUAAUUGCUGCACUAGCCUAUUGCAUGUUAGCCAUCCCGAAUAAUCCAUCUUCCACGUGCCGGAAACAAGUCCUACUACUCAACCUCAGCUAAACUCAAUCACCUUCCGUAAAUCGUGGACACGCGAACAUGCUCUCUUAUCCAUGUUUCCACUGGACAAAACAUGGUCAAAGCUUGUUACAGAUGGCUGGCAGAUAGUGUACAAACGGGGUAAAUCACAACGAUCGUGCAUGUACUUCCCAGCAAAAACAAGUUCCAAAAGAUCUAUAAAUAUUCAACCAUCAGUCGGCGGAUACACUUACGCCGCAACAUGGCAGCAACCGUGCAUCGACUCAUCUCACCAGUAGUUUGCAGUGGCGUGAUACUGUUCGCGCUCAGCUUUGCAAAGGGUGAAUUCGCCGUACAGUUUGGCGAAUCGUUCAAAGCGUGCCCGGACGCGAUGGACAGUGAGCUGAUGCUCGAUCUGUCCGAGCUGCAGGUCAUACCGGACGAAAAUGACAGCAUGGUACUGAACGGUAUGGUGCGCCUGAACCGUGCGCUGGAAAGUCCCGUCGAGAUCAACGUGUACACCAAACGGCUGGAGCAGGGCACCUGGAACGAUGCGCUGCUGGGCCGCAAAGUGCUGGACCUAUGCCCGCUGCUGCAGGUCAGCACGGAACCGUGGUUCGUCAUCACCAGCAUGAUGGAGAAAAAGGGCUGCCCAUUCCCGGAGGGGCACAAGGAAUCGUUUGCGAUGCUACCGGUCGGUGACUUUGGCAUUGAGAUACCGCCAGAUUUCGUGGGCGACUGGAAGGCGUUCUUCGAGAUCACGUCGCAGGCCAAGAUGUCCUGCCUGAUGACGGAGUUUAGCAUCGUCGAGGUGUAGCCUUGAGAAAGAUUUUCCAUUGACAAAGUUCUUCAGUACUGAGACAGAAUGAAUGCUGGCAAAAAGACAUCAGAUCAGUUCUAAUAAAAACCAUCAAAAACCUCUUCUUGCGAGACGAUGCUCGAUAUGUCAUUCCAGAAUUUCAAA